AUGACAACGGGGCUUCACACUGAAGCAAAAACCCAAACCUCCCACCAAGCUGAGGCUAGUGGAAAGAACAAGAUAAAGAUGGAUGCUGAUCCCUACAAACAACUUCAGCAAGCUGUUGAGGUUCUAAAAGCCGAGGGGUUGAAUAAGCAACAAGUACUUGCGAUUUUAGCUAAGACUGUGGAUGACAUCUUCCCCACUCAGACCGAGAGUAAGUCUUCCAACUAUCACAUAUGCAUAUGGUACACGAAAGUAUCUACACAAACCAUAGUGUGGGUAGCAAAUAAAGAUAUACCUAUCUUUGAUAAGUAUUCUUCAGAACUGAGAAUUUUAGAUGGUAACUUAGUGCUUCUCAACGAGUCCCAAACCCCAACUUGGUCAACAAAUCAGAACUCCACCACUUCAAAUUUUGUGGUAGCAGUUAUUGGCGAUGAUGGUAAUUUGAUUUUGAAAGAUGGGUUUAAUUCAACACAACCAAUUUGGAAAAGUUUUGAUUACCUUGUUCACACUUGGUUGCCCGGUAGCAAGAUUUCAUAUAACAAGCGAGCCAAUACACACCAAAGUAUAACUUGGAAGAACUAUGAAGACCCUUCACCAGGACUAUUUUCUCAUGUUCUAGAUGCAAAUAACAGCUAUCUUUUGUUGUGGAAUGGGUCUAAAUAG